CUCAUCUCGCCUCCAACAAGCAGCACCACUUUGCUGCCGACAAACUGAGUGGGCUUGAGGAGGCCACCGAGCCUGAACAGAACUCGAACAGAAGAAGCAUCACCUGUAGCGGCAGGACAUCCAGUCGUUCUGACAUUGAGGCAGGCUUUGAUCCUUUGUCUCUGAUGGCCACGGCGCAAGAACGCGGCCAAGGCAGCGUUACCACGCCCACUGCCCGCCGCGAGCUGGCCGAGGAGAUCGAAAUGUACAUGAACAAUACCAACAGCCCGCUGAGGAGCUGCAGUCCCAACACGGACGUGCGCAACCCAUCGAGUCCUUCCUCGCAGCCCAACCGAGCCCACACGCUGCUCCGCUCCAACACCCACCUCCUGUUACCUGUCAAAUCUAGGGAGCGGCUCCGGACGUCGCCGUCGCUCCCUCUCGGUGUUGGUAACAAGAGCAGGGAGAGGCCUUCGUCCUUGGUGUUACCCUCGUCCCCGACUCCCUCCGCCUCCUCGUUUUCCAUGGAUUCCCUCUUCACCCCCAGCCUGGACAGCUUCAAAAGCAGCGUCCUCUUAGCGGGCAAGGGCGUCGCCGAGAAGGCCAGCCGCCUCUACUCCCGCCUGUCCUCACAAACCUCAUUAACACAGGACUCAAACUGUGAUCGUAUCAGCGUGUCUUCGCUCACCUCGGGAGACGCGGACUGCUCCUCACUUGUGGAUAAUGACUCCUGUCUCGACACGGACGCCUUCGUGUCCCCGCAGCACGGCGCCGCGGCCCGACUCAGGAGGAGCCCCGUGGCGGGCCACGCCCACAUGAGCCCCAGCACCCCCGACAGGGUCUUCCGACACAACUCAUUCUCUGGUUAGUUUCACCUCCCGUAAACCAGUCUGU